CAUUCAUUCAUCCCGUUGUUUUUCACACCGAUCCAUUUCACUGCCGCCAUGUCUAAGAAGAAGAUUGAGUAUGAGAUUGAGUAUGAGCAUCAUGCACGUUACGAUAGAAUGGUUGGGCGCAUGAAAAGACAUGAGUAUCCGAUGCUUAAAGGCAUCACCUACCUCGACUAUGCUGGAACUGCUCUCCCCUGCUCGUCCCUCAUCCAAGACUUUUCAGAGCAGCUGAACAAGCGCCUCAUAUCCAACACUCACUCCGCCUUAGCUUGGACCCCCACUUCGCCUCAGGCUAUCGUUGAUACUACAAGGCGAGAUGUUUUGGCACUGUUCAAUGCCAGCCCAGCACACUGGGAAGUUGUCUUCACAUCCAACGCCACAGGUGCAGUCAAACUCGUGGCCGAAGCUCUCGGUGGCCACGAGGAAGGCUUUGACUACUACUAUCAUCGGGACUGCCAUACAAGCUUAGUAGGAGUGCGAGAACUGGCGUCCAACAGCCAUUGUCUUACCUCGGAUCAAGAAACGGAAGCAUGGCUAGAUUGUCCCGACAAUUCUUCAACCCGACCAACCCUUCUCGCAUACCCAGCCCAAUCUAACAUGAAUGGUCGUCGACUCCCGUUGCACUGGUCAUCCCGCAUCCGCGAGUCCACCGGCCACGCAAACUCGUACACCCUUCUCGACAUCGCGGCUCUCGCGUCUACUACCUCCAUCGAUCUCAGUAACCAAGCUACCGGCCCAGACUUCCUAACCCUUUCUUUUUACAAAAUCUACGGCUUUCCCGAUCUGGGCGCCCUCAUCGUCCGCAAAUCCGCAUCCCACCUCUUCUCUAAGCGCCGCUACUUCGGAGGCGGCACAACCGACUCAAUCUCGAAGUCAUGGGUGCUUCGGAAGUCCACCUCCCUGGCCGCGAGCCUGGAAGACGGUACACUACCGACCCACAAUAUACUCGCGCUGCAAUGCGCGAUCAAGACCCAUGCCAGACUCUAUGGAGGUCUCAGUAGUAUCUCCCAGCACGUCUCCUGGCUGGCGCAAAGCCUUUACUCGCAGCUCUCCUCGCUGAGACACGCCAAUGGCCAGCCAGUAUGCACCAUCUACAAAGACUCGUCAUCUUCUUACGACGAUUCUAAAACUCAGGGUGGGGUCGUGGCGUUCAAUAUCUUCGAUGCCUUUGGUAAGUGUUUUCCUACAUCCCGCGUCGCAGCCCUCGCACUCCAGAAUGGUAUACACCUCCGGGCCGGAGGCUUAUGUAACCCGCAGGGCAUGGCACAUGCGCUGGGGUUCUCUGACGAGCAGGUGUACGAGGCGUUUGAGGCUGGGUAUCGCUGUGGGCAGGAUGCGGGGCCUGAGGGUCGUCCUUUUGGAAUGGUGAGAGUGAGUUUGGGAGCGUCUAGUGUGAUGGAAGAUGUUCAAGUUUUUAUAGAGUUCAUUAGACGGGAGUUCAUGGGACAGAAGGGCAAAGGGGUCAGAGGGGUGUGGUGGAACGCUGUGUUGAUCAAGGCUAGACAACGAGGCAAAAAUGGGGUUGGUGGUGUUGAGGGGUAUGAAAAAAGUAAGAGCGGGGAUAGUGAGAGUGAGGAUGGGAGUGCGAAGACUCGAAAGGAGGUGGGUUGUAUGGGGAUGGUGAUCAAAAGGUUCGCGUAG